ACCACAGACUCGUAACAACGACGUGUGACUCCAACGUCGCACAGACUUAGAGCAUUGACUAUGGUCGCGAUUAGCUCCGGCAUCCGCGACGCUGACUUUCCGCGCCGUAGACGGAUCCAGUGGACACGCAACGACAGUAAUCAAUCUUAUGAAGGAGAGGAGAGAAGGGUAAAGGUUGCAUGCAUAGGAGUGUUUGGUGCUGAUGCAGAUGAAGUGAAGACUGUGCUAGCGAAGGAGGGAGAUUCGGUCACUCUAAACUCUAAUCUAAACCCUGAUUUUACUGAAGGACAGAGAUAUAACUUAGAGUGGUUAUUUACAGGUGUAGUAAUAGCUACAAUCGAUACAAGCCAGCAGAUCUCGUAUGAUAGUGCUGAGAGAUUCAGAGACCGACUGCAGCUGGAUCAUCAGACUGGAUCUCUGACCAUCAAGAACAUGAAAACCACAGACUCUGGGCUUUAUCGACUAGAGAUGACUGAAAAACAACUUUUGAGGAAGUCCUUUAGUGUUACUGUCUAUGCUCCUCUGCCCAUUCCUGUCAUUACCAGAUACUGUCCUUCAUCAUCAUCAGGAUCAGGAUCAUUGCUGUGUACAGUGAUGAAUGUGUCAAGGGCGACUCUGUCCUGGUAUAAAGGAAUGAGUGUAUUGACCAACAUCAGUGUGUCUGAUCUCAGCAUCAGUCUCUCUCUACAUCUGGAUGUGGAAUAUCAGGAUAAAAACACCUACAGCUGUGUGAUCAACAAUCCCAUCAGCAACCAGACCACACAUCUGGACAUCAUCACUCAACUCUGCAGUCACACACAUGCAAGUACAACAGGUUCAGACAACAUCGUCUCUUGUGGCUCUGCAGAAGCUGUGAUCCGAUUGGUCGUCUCUGCUCUGAUGGGCGUGGCUGCAGUGGCUGCUGUGGUUGUUCUCAUCUUUGACAUCAGAUCCAGAAAAGUUGAACACGAGAGGAGAAACUAGACAAAAUCAUCAGACUUUGAUGAAUCUGAUAUUUCAAAACAAGAAUAGACUGUCUCUCUAGUUUCUCUUCUUUUCUGAAUAUUUCUUUUAAUGUCUGAAAGUUUCCUUGCAAACAUUGAACAUAAUUUCAGUACACAAUGGCAUUUUAGAGAUACUGCUUUACAUGUUUUUUAAAGUUGUAAAUAAAACAGAUUAUU